AACAAAAACCCCUGGAGUUAAAAUUCCGACUUCAUGAUUGUUUUAGCUUUCAUAUACUUAAAUCUAACAAAAACCAUCGUUAAUUUAACUCUGUGGUUUAUUAGGCCCUCAAAUUAGAGUUUAGUAGUUAAAUUUUGAAGGAAGCAAUCUAGGGUUAGUCCAACGUUAGUUGAAAUUAGCUAAGCCAACAAAACUAUUUCUCCAAAAAGAUUUGAUGGAAGGUGAAGGCAAACAAUUCCUCCCUGUGUGGUCAACACUAUUAGCAUCCCUAUGCUAUUGCUACUUCAUAGCUUCCAAGAUCCCUAAGGGAAAACUAAGGUUUUUCCUUUUUUUUCCGAGCUUCUAUCUGUUCACCAUUUUCCCCCUCUAUUUUUCUUCGGUAAUUCUUAAAGGAGUAACUUCGUACUUUAUUACGUACCUAGGAAACUUUAAGUUACUCUUAUUUAGCUACGACACUGGCCCUUUAUCAAACAAUCAAAGUAUUCACAGCCAUAAAAGUAAAUUUGGAAAACAAAAUACCGAUAAUGAACACGUAAAAUCUACCUCUCUCCUUAGGUUUAUCGUCGUUACGAUUUUUCCAAUGAAAAUCAAAGAUAAAUUGGCCCAAAAACAAAAGUCCAUAAAAAUAUUGCCCCUAAAUUUAUUACAUGAGGCCUUGUCUUUCACAAUUUUGUCAACAAUUUGUUAUUUCUACAAAGAACAACUACACUUGGGGCUACUUUGGUUAGCUUAUUCUGGUCUGAUUUACUUAUUUCUUGAUGUGGUCGUGGGAAUUUGCAACAAAUUGGCGAAGGCCAUCAUUGACGUGGAGCUAUAUCCACCGUUUGAUGAGCCUUACUUAUCAACCUCCCUCCAAGAUUUUUGGAGUAGAAGGUGGAACCUCAUGGUAACAGAUGUACUGCGGCACACCAUAUAUGAACCCACGAGGGCAAUUUUGUCCAAGUACUUAAGUAAACAAAGUGCCCUAAUUUCUUCUGUGAUGGCUGUAUUUCUUGUAUCUGGUCUAAUACACGAGCUAAUCUUUUACUACUUAACAUUUGUGGAGCCCACAUGGGAGGUUACAUUGUUUUUUGGGCUAAAUGGGCUUUGUGUGAUUUUGGAGGGCUUUUUAAAGCAUGGUUUGGGCCAUAAGUUGAGGUUACAUUGGGCUAUAAGUGGCCCAAUAACCCUAGGUUUGGUUAUGGGUACAGGAUAUCUAUGGUUCUUUCGACCAUUUUUGAGGAACCAACUUGAUGAAAGAAUUGCCGAGGAGAUUCUGGCAAUUCUUGUGUUUGUUAGACAACAAUUUAUUUAAAUGACAAUAAAAUGUUGUUCUUUGUAUUAGCUUAUACUCCGUAUUCAUUAUUUGUUUAGUUUUAUGAUAAUUAUUUGGAUUAUGUGUUUAAUAGAUUUUCAAAUUUGUAACUCUGUAUCUAUUGUAAAUUUGUAAUGAUAACGUUACCAUUAGUGAACUACUCCGUAUGUCUUGAUUUGUGUUCAA